AUGGGUCUGUCUAUCUAUCUUGCUGUUGCAUGCCUGUCAUUCUUCAAUGCUUUGAAUUGAGUUUUAUUUGCACCAAUAAGCAUUUCAUUAAAAAGCUGAGAAGAUAAAACAAUGAAUGACUAAAUUCCCCAGAAAGGCAGUAUUCUUUUGUUUUGCUAAAAUUUGUUGCAGUGUUUUUCCUAUACAUAUUGUCUAUGUUUGUUGCGUUUAUUUAGCUAGUGAUGUGCAAAAUCCAAUGAUGCCCCUUUUUAAAAUUUCACUUUGAAGCUCGGUGUUUCGGUGUUUUUGCUUUUAGUUAUCUACCACCUCCCUCCCUUCUCCCUCCAUUCUCUGUUCAAAUGGAGAGGAUAUAAGGAGAAUACAGAGGCUGCAGGGCUUAAACGCAAGUGGUCUGAAGGUACAGUAAUUGCAGAUUUGUAUUCUUGUCCUCUCCUUGCCUAGGAAGCUUUCUGUUGUAGUUCAUGUCUUUCAGUGUAGUGUUUUAGAUAACCACUUGCUUCCCCCUCUGCAUGAUGUUGCUACCCUCUUCCAAAAGGAGGAAGAAACUGUGGAUCUUAGUGAGUGGAUCAGUGCUUUGUUUGUUACAGAGAAAAUUAGAGGCUGACAACGCUGUCUCUAACAAUGUGUACUAACAAUUCAUUAGGAAUUUUAAAUCACUUUUAAAGCAUUGUUUGCUUCCAAAAAAAAAUGGAUCCCUGCCCCAAAGCAUUGCAUUUCAGCUUUCAGAAGCUUGUUAAAUUAUCCACAGAUCCUGUCCAGUUGUCUGACCACCUAUUGAUUUCGGCCCUGACUUCAAAUCACUGUUCACCUCAAGCUCAUUGAGUGGGCUUUGACAAAUCUCUGAGUCUCAACCUAAUUUCAAGCGCUCAUCUAUAUGCACAGUGUUAGAGAAAUUUAUUUAAUAUGUUUACAUCCUGCCUUGCUGCCUGAUAGCAGGUGCCUCCUAGAUGGCUGGCAACAAGAAAAAAAAUGAAAGCACUUUAAACAUAAGACUUUUCUUUUCAAAAGGUGGUUGUGACUGAGAGGGGCUCUAGGGGGAGGGGACUGAUUGCUGGCUUGAGCAUUUUUCUUUGACAGUAAGCUAUAGAAGUCAAUUCAUUGUUCUUUGCUCACUUGCAUUUUUGCCUACAUUGCCAUGAGUCAAAACAAUGCUCCCAUUCUCCCUGCAACAGAAACUUGAUGGAAGGAAUAGAAUAGCCAAGAGUGCUUAUUCUCCAACUCUAAGGGGGAAAACGCCUCCUAGCAGCUGUAUUUUUCUGCCUUGUUGGUACCCGUAACAGAUCCAAUAAAAUAACUUUUUGGGAAUCAUCAUUGCUGCUUGUACUUGUUUUAAUAAUGUGCAAUCUUGCAUUUGGCAACUACUGCUUAGCAUCUUAUCCUUUGAACAUUUUCACGUAAAAAAAGUCAUGACUAGAACUGUUUGCAAGUUCACUUUUCUGAGAGGGUUCUUCUGCCUCACUGAUGGAUUAUGCAGAAUCAUAAUGACCCUCAUUAUAGUUCUUUUGCCCUCAGGAGAAGACACAGUUUUGUGCUUUUCUGAUCACAGUGCAAUCACAAGUCUUCAUAGUGUUCUCAGCAUUGCAACAGACAAGUAAAGGCCAAAUCUUUCUUAUGGUACAUAAACAUUUGGAAACGGCAAGUAACUUAGGGGCAGGUGGGAUUUGAAAUGGAGAAGCAAUGGGUAGGGAACAGGUUAAGCACACCCUGCCAUUUCAGGUCACCUCCUCCCAAAUAUUUGUUGUUGUUCCGAAGAAAAAAGUCAUCUAAGGUUGUUAGACACAUUUGUGCAUAAUAUCUAGUUCAUCAUUGUAGUUCAUCUUUUUAUCAAGCAUUAUCUGGUUGUUUAACAUUUACUAGCAUGUGUCCAAGACUUGCUAGGGCAUGCUUACCCUUUUACUCUGCUUUUCCUUUAGUUUGGUUCCAUGUAAGUCUUUUGUAUCUGCAGUGCAUAUGAGUCAUCCUGUUUCUUUCUGUUCCACCAAGGGAAAAUGCACUAGGCAUCAAUAUUUCAAACUCCUAGGUAAUGUCAGCAGAUUUUUAGAAAUGCAGACACCUCUCUGUGAUUUCUCCAAUUCUGCACAAAGGAACCCCCAAACAGUUAGCUUCCUUUCAUUUCCCUACUCUCCAAGUAUCUGAAUAGCCACUUGCCUAUUCUGAAUUAGUGAAUCUGUGCAAUGGAAGGGGUUAAGUAGCCUCAUGUAAACUGCAUAAAGCUAGUAUUCAGUUACACCCAGGUUGUGUGUUCUCUGCAAGCUCUCCCCAUUCCCCCGGCUAUGAACAAAUUGUACAGCAAGCAAAUGUGCAGUGUGGAUUCAGAAUAAAUUCUGAAAAUUAAAAUGAGUAUACAUUUUAAUGUGCGAUACUUAAUGGUGGUUCUGAAUGGUGGAAGGAAGCCUGGGCAACCAAGCAAAAAGGAAACGUACUAGGGAUCUAUUACCACAGCAUGUUUUGCCCACAAGUCUGGUUUCUGACAGAUCAGUGUUAUCAGAUUUGUGUGUUGCUGGAACUUCAUUGACUACAAUUCUGGAUCCUUAAAUUUGCCUAUACGUAAUGAUCUCAGCAUUCCAGAUUGAUGUGCUUGGGGACAGCACACAGAUGCAUGGAAUACACACAGUCCUGUGCUUGCUUUUGUGUGUCCAUUUCCUUCUUUUUGCUCUGCCUGGCUUUGCAAGAGGUCCUGACUCUCCUUACUUGAGCUAAAGGCAGUUCUUUCUUUGCUCCAGCUGUUCAUAGUUUGAAGCUUAGUCGCACCCAUGUGGACUGGCACAGUGUGGAUGAAGUGUAUCUUUACAGUGAUGCAACAACGUCAAAAAUCGCAAGAACUGUCACACAGAAGCUGGGUUUUUCCAAAGGUAAGGUUAUUUGUUUAUAGUAUGCACUGACUGACUGAAUAAAUUGUUUCACCUCAUAUUCUGUGAAGAGACCUUCAGUUCUUACUGAUUUUGAAGACUGAAAUCUUCAGUCUUGUGUAGGUCUGUGCUAUAAAUCAAUGUAUUGUAUGAUAUUGGAUUUUAGAUCAAAUCGUGAUAACUGUUUUUUACAAUAUGACGUUGCAGUUUAUUGUGUGUCACGUGUGUGGUAUUAAAAAAUCACAGUAUUGGAAAAACAGGAAGCCGAUGAUUCUUCCUUGCUAACUCCACCUCAGUCAGUUCUUCCCUGUCUCCUGCAGCAAAAAGAAAUACCGUAUUUUUCGCUCUAUAACACGCACCGGACCAUAACACGCACGUAGUUUUUAGAGGAGGAAAACAAGAAAAAAAAUAUUCUAAAUGAAACAGUGGAUGUAUGAUUUUUUGUGGUUCAUGCUGUGGCCACAGACAUGUAAUCUGACAGUGAGUUUGGAGUAGCUCAAUGCAAAAAUGCUGAGGAUCCAUGUGGAUCCAUGCUUUGUAACCACGUUUUUGCACCACUGCGACCCCAGGCAACAGUGGGUGCGUGAUUUUUUUGGUGCAGGAUGUAGCCAUGGACAUGCUAUGUGAUCUGAUGGUGAAUUUGGGGUGACCCAGUGCAAAAAUCCUGAGGAUCCAUGUGGAUCCGUGCUUUGUAACCACGUUUUAAGUGGGGAGGGAAGGAAAAGCACUCAAGGGACAAGGAGCACGCGUGGGGUGUGUGGAGAAGGAUGCUGCUAAUCAUGCUAUUUAGCAAGCUGAGUGGGGAGGAGAGAGGGACAGAGAGCCUGCAUGCUUUAAAGGAGCCAACCGGACAGGAGCCGCUUACACUCGUGUAAGUGGCUCCUCUCCUCUCCCGCUUUGCUCCUUUAAAGCAAGCAGGCUUUCUGUCCCUCUCUCCUCCCCACUCAGCAGCUCUUCUCCCGCUUUGCUGUUUCAAAGUGAGCCACGGAGGAGGGAAGGAAGGGGAACCAUGGAUCCUCUGCUCACAACUGCAGCAGAUCCCCCCCGCCACCCGUAGGCAUUCGCUCCAUAACACGCACAGACAUUUCCCCUUACUUUCUAGGAGGAAAAAAGUGAGUGUUAUAGUGCAAAAAAUACGGUAGCUACAAAUUAGUACAGCAGGCUGACUCAAAUAUCGCCCAGCUGAUACUGCCAAACAGAGCUUUGAGACUGUUAGCUUUCCGUCGCCCUGGCUAUCUAGCCAGCAAGCAAGGACUUCUUCCCUCAAGGCUCUUGCUUAAAGGUACCAGGCUGGUAGCUGGCUUAGGGAAAGCCUGCAGGUUCAGACUUCUGGAUCUCUUCCCCCCCAUAAAAACAUAAACUGGGGUUAAUAAAAAAACAGACACCUUCCUUUGCCAUUUGGCCCUCUUCUGUCAUUCCCUCCUCCAUCUCCGUGUGUGUACCGCUUAUGGGUGUGCGAGUGUGUACGAGUGUCUCUCUCUCUCUCUCUCUCCCCACCCCCCCUUCUGUUGGUGGGGUGUGUGGUGCAUUUGUUUUUGUGAAGCAGCAGCUAUCAGGCAAAAAGCAUUGGGGGUUUUUUAUUAACCCAGCCGACACUUCACACUUGGUUUUCUGUAAGUGGCAGCUGACCCCUUGUUAAAACUAUACGAGGUGAUUGUGUCUCCCUGACUCCCUCCUCGCUCUGUUAGUGUGCCCAGUUGAUGCUUCAUUUGGAGCUAUGGCAUCAUGGCAAGAGAGGCUUCUUUAGCCUUAUGUUUCUUCAGCUCAGUCUGCCUUGCGCAGCUUCGCUUGCACGCGCUCUCUGUCCUCUUUCUCUUUCCCUUCCCCUUCCGAGUUGCUUCCUUCCUUGCUGGUGAUUCUCCUUUCCUGCUUCUCUCUCUCUCUCUCUCUCUCUCUGUGUGUGUGUGUGUGUGUCUGUGUGUGGUUGUGACUUGCAAGUUGCUUCAGAAUAAAAGGGGGGGAAACACCCAGUGUUUGUUGUGUGUGCCUUUCUUUCAGGGCAGAAGCAGCAUAGCAUCCUUUUAAAUAUCAUUUUGAAAUAUUUGGCUAUCACAGCCUAAGACUUCCUUCAACCUCGACUGAUGGUUUUCUAAAGUCUUUCUAAUUAUGCAUUUUGUUACUAUAAUUAUUUCUAUAAACUCAAAUUUCCAGUUCAUCUAUUCUUAAUUCUUUUCACAAUAAUUUAUAAAUUACUCCUUACAAAACUUCUUUUAACCCUACAUGUGAUGUCAAUUGGUUACAAUUGCUUUCCAAAUAUAUCAAAAAACUUCUUCCAUUCCUUUAGGAAAGUCUGGUUCUGCUGGUUCCGAAUUUUCCCUGUUCCCUGAAAAGAUGGGGGGGGGGAGUUUUGUCUUUGGGCAAGCCUAUUGAGACAUGUAAUUAUUUUAUGAAAACCACUUACAGGGUUGUUGUUUUUUAAAAUUAUUCAGCAGUAUAUAAAUCUUGUUAAAUAAAUAAUCCAAAGAGUGUUCACUAACGGUUCCUCGUCAUCCUGGGAGGAAAAGUUACACGUGGGGUGCUGCAGGAUUCUGGCCUGGGCCUGUUGUUCAACAUCUUUCUAAAUGAGAUGGAUUAAGGCAGGGGUCAGCAACCUAAGGCCCAUGGGCCGGAAGCAGCCUGCGGAGGUCGUUUGACCGGCCCCUGAGCCACCCCCAAACUGAGCUGUCUGCUCAUGCACUGCGCUAAACCGGCUUAGCGAAGGGAUUUGAUUCUGUGGUGCCUGAAAUCAGGUGCACAUGUGCAAUCCGGCCCACGGAGGAAUCUCCGCGGGACCGAUCCAGCCCAGGCAAGAUAAACCUUGCCAACCCCUGGAUUAAGGUAUUGACGGAAUGCUCCUCAAAUCUUCAGGUGACAUUAAACUGAGAGAAGUUGCUACUGCUGCAGAAGACAGAAUCGAAGUUCAAGAUGACCUUAACAGAUUGGAAAACUGGGCCCAGAAAUUAAAUUAUAUUUGUAUUAAUGUGCUCUAAACAGUGGGUGGCUAAAAAAGCACACACUUGACUCACUUUGAGGUGCAUCAUGAACUCCCGAUAAGCAGUUUACGAAGCCGCUGUCUAGAAGAUGCAUGACUGCUAUUUGCAGUCAUGGUGGCUGCAGACAGAUGAUGAAAUUGGAAAAUGAGUCUGAAGAAGAGUUGGCUCACUAGUAAUAGGAGGUCGUGCUAGUUGGCCUUGCACUAUAUACAAAUAGCUGUUUUUCAAGUCCAGGUGAAAGGAACUUUAUGAGCCUGAAUUAAAUGUUGUUACUUGCUCUUUUGCAGCUUCAAGCAGUGGGACCAGGCUGCAUAGAGGUUAUGUUGAAGAGGCUACGUUAGAAGACAAGCCAUCACCAACAACUCAUAUUGUAUUUGUUGUACAUGGCAUUGGUCAGAAAAUGGACCAAGGAAGGAUUAUUAAAAACACAGCCAUGUGAGUACUUCAUUUAACUCUGUUGAAAGUGGACAACAUUGGAUUUGCGGGCGUUGUGGUUUUCCCUUUUUCACAAAGGGUGCUGUUUUUAAUUGUGCAUGUUCCUGAGGUCAUCUUACUUCCUAAUAAUUAGGCUGUGAGUCUUUUUGGCAAACAUUUCCAAAUGCUACUUUGCUGUACUGCACUUAGCAGAGAAAGAAUUCUGAUCAAAGGAGAGACCAAGGAGCCCCGAAUACGAUAAAUUUUGAAAUAGAAUCUUAGAGUUGGAAGGGACCCAAGGGUCAUCUAGUCCAACCCCCUGCAAUGCAGGAAUCUCAGCUACAGCAUGUGUUUUCUAUAUUGCAUGCACACACAGAGAGACCAGUAUUUCAUCCCCAGAAAACCCUCACAAACCAGACCUGCCAAUGUCUCCUCAAAUAGAACAAACCCCUGUGUUGCAAACUUAACACAACAAACAAACAAUACAAGCAACACGCAGACCAGUAUACUAGAUAGCACUGUAAUUCUUAUUGCAUAAUAUACAUGAUUUAGUAACAAAAACAAAAUGUAUGCACUUGUAAAUUCUCUAAUAUAGUUGAAAUCAAUUAAACACACGUCUGUCAGUCUUUGAAAGUCCGCAGAAGUAUAAUAAGUCUAUGGUUGAAACAAAGUAAUAGAUGGUAUCCUGUGGGCUAAGCGGUAAAACUUUUUUUAGGCGUUCGUGGUGCCGAAGUAGUAGGUGAAUAACAACGAACAGUGACCCCAGUUGCAGCAUAUGGAUUGUAAUGUGUGAAGUUUAUAUAUUUUCAUGUAUAUUAUGCAAUAAGAAUUACAGUGCUAUCUAGUAUACUGGUCUGCGUGUUGCUUGUAUUGUUUGUUUAAUGUCUCCUCAAAGCCACAGUAGUUGAUAGGUUUUGUUUUUGUUUUGAUUGAGAAUGCAGUAGCAUUUCAACUCCAGGUAUUUUUGGAUGAAGCAGGUUACCUAAGCCUAUUUCAGGCGACUUUGGGAGAGCGUCCAAAAGCACGUGGAUAGAGGUGGUCCUCUUUACAUUGUGUACUUAGGCUUUCAGAAAGCUUUGAUUAAAAGUCCCUCACCAAAGGCUCCUGAGUAAGCUUAGCAGCUUAGCAUAAAAGAGGAGUCUCUUUUAUGGGCCAGCAGCUGCUUAAGGAACAAGGAACUGAGUACAGGCAACUCCCCAUUUACUCGGGGGUUACAUUCUGAAGCAGUACACGUUUAAGUGAAAUGGCAUAUAUUGGGAACACCAUUGGCAAAGCCUGCGCAAUCACUCUCUCCAAACCUCCAUGCUCAAACUCCCAACUCUCCAAAGACCAGAGUUUGGUGCAAGGGCUCCUGGGAUUGCACUUCCAAAGGCUCCUGGGAUUCCUAGAAGGCUGUUUUUGCACCAUUUUUGCCUUUUUCAUUCUCUUUUAGGGCCAUUUUUGCCCCUUUUCGUGCCACUUCCAGGGUUGCAGCAAUGCAUGUUUAGUUGAACGUGUAUAAAUGGGGAGUUGCCUAUACCAAUAAAUGGACAGUUCUCCCAGUGAUGGGUAGUGGGUCACCCAAGGACCUGUAUUAAAAUCUGUGCUCUUUCACUCGCUUGAAGGAACUAGAGUUAGGGAUGAGCAGUGAAGCAUUGCAAGUUUGCUGGUGAUAACAAAUUGCUCAGAGUGGGGAUUAUUUCCCCCCCUCUCAAUGUUAUAUGUGCUUUCCAUCUAAUUUUUAGGAUGCGGGACACUGCAAGGAAAAUAGAAGACAAAUACUUUAGCAACCUUGCAACACAUGUUGAGUUCCUGCCAGUUGAAUGGAGAUCUAAGCUCGCACUUGACGGAGGUACUUUUUACUUUGGACUGCCAGAAGUACUAUUGGUGACAUUUGGAAAGUAACACUUUUUAGUUUUUUUCUAGCAAUGGUUUGUAAACUCUCUACUCUCAGAGUACCCUUUCAAUGUGUUCUGCCAAGGAUAAUUCUGCCCUGGCAUUUUCUAGUUGUUCAUGGAAGGUAUUGCUUAGAGCUAUUAGCUGUUAUCAGUCACCCCAAACACCUUGCCACUCCCUGUAGGUGAUUAUUGGAAAGGGAAAUUGGGCAGCUGUCUCCAAGGGAAAUUGGUCCAUCCUUACUGAACUUCCCACAGAGGAACUCCCCUGAUAAUCCCUUGGGCUUCCCCGGAAGCAAAAUUUGAAAACCCACCAUUCUGUAAAUAGACCAUGUGCUUAAUUUCCUUGAUUUUUGUUAUCUAAACACUUGCUGGAUUCCUUUAAGUAGAGAUUUGAAUGUUCCUAGGAAUUUGUGCUCAUAUGGUACUGCAUUGUUGACUUUAAACCCACUCCAAGCUUUAUUACUCCUCAAUCAAACACUUGGGUCUCUUUUCUUUAUUUUAGACACUGUUGACUCUAUUACUCCUGAUAAAGUCCGUGGCUUGAGGGACAUGCUUAACAGCAGUGCAAUGGACAUAAUGUACUACACAAGUCCCCUCUACCGAGAUGAGGUAUGUGUGUGAUUUUUAAGUGUUUGGUUUCAGGUAUGGACAAAUAAUGGGUAUGGCGAAGUUGGGUUUCCUAAUUUAAGUGUACCUCUGUUUCCCAACAUCUUGAAGAUAGACUUUGUGAUUGUGUGCAUUCUUUGCAUAGAAACCAAAUAGAGUAGUUUGUAUCUUCAGGUUACUACUGAGCUGUAUUCUAGCUGAGCGGGGAUCUGAACGCUGGUGCAAUAUCCCAUAGGCUACAGGGCCUUUACAAAAAAGCAGUAAUAAUUGCAGCCUGAGGAUGAAACAUGCACUGUUCAUGCAUAGUAUGUUGUGUGUUUGUCGUACUUCUUUAGCUCUCCCUCCCUUCUUCAGGAAGCCGAGUGGCUUCUGUGGGGCUCUUGCCCAGUUCCCCUCCAGGCCCAGACCAGACAGAAACCUGCAUACCUUUUGCAGUGCAACAGCAUCAUGUCUCCAGGCUAUUCUAAGGAAACCCCAGUUGCAUUUUUUCAAAGCUCAGAGCACUUUCAGAACAGGCACCACAGCUGUUCUGCUGACGCUUAGGUAUUUUAAAAUGCUGCUUAAUCUAGCAAGCAGGGGAGGAAGUGGGCCAAGACACAAUUUGCAUCUUGGGAGGUCAUAGUUUAUUCAGCUAAGAUGCAAUUGUUUUCUGCAAGGAGAUAUAUUGCAGAAAGGGGGCUCUUGUUGUGAGAGGCUGCUGCUGCUGCCGCCGCUGCCGCCAUCAGCUUGCCCUCUGCAGCUGCUGUAAAUAUCCUUGGUGAGGGGAUAAGCUGCUCCCUGCCCAUUUCUGCACUCUGCUUCCUCCUUGAGGUACAAACUGAGUGGUAGAGAGGUGCUUGUUCCAGCUAGAGAGUUUACAAGCAGGAUUUAAAACCACCCAGUGUCUUUAUAGCAGGAGGAAAGGAAUUUGGUUGGAAGAACCACAUAGCAAAGUUCUCAGUGGGCUGAAACAAAGGCUAAUUCCGCCAGAUGCUUCUGCUGCCAAACCAUCAGACUUCCUGAAAUUCUGCUUAACAGACUUUGUAUUUCACACAUGUGCACAGCAUGGAGACCCUGCCACCUCAAGAACUUUUACGCUUUCUUUCUUGUAUGGAACUUUGUGUGUGCUGUGCACAAAGGUAUCCAAAUGCAUAUUAUGUAAGAAUUGCCAUAAAGUUGGGGUGAGACACGAGUGGCGCUGUGGUCUAGACCACUGAGCCUCUUGGGCAUGCCGAUCAGAAGGUCGGCGGUUCGAAUCCCUGCGACACGGUGAGCUCCCAUUGCUCUGUCCCUGCUCCUGCCAACCUAGCAGUUCGAAAGCACGCCAAAAAGUGCAAGUAGAUAAAUAGGUACCACUCCGGCAGGAAGGUAAACGGCAUUUCCGUGCACUGCUCUGGUGUCGGUGUUCCGUUGCACCGGAAGCAGCUUAGUCAUGCUGGCCACAUGACCCAGAAAAACUCUCUGUGGACAAACACUGGCUCCUUUGGCCUGUAAAGCAGGAUGAGCACCACAAUCCCAGAGUUGGCUGCGACUGGACUUAACUGUCAGGCACCCUAUACCUUUACCUUGUAGGGGUGGAGAACCUUCUGGCCAUGGGCUGAAUAGGCCCUUGCAGCCAUUUUUUUACAGGCCAUGCAUACCUGUCACUCAGGUAAAGGUGUGGGACAAGCAAAUCUGCACCCACUUAAAGAAGAGUUGGGUGAGCCUGGUUGUUCAUUGGUGGUGGGGUUUGCAUUUGGCACUGUUUAAAUUUGGUGCUGAAUGUAAGUGCCGCUGCUUUUGGCAAGGAUCUGAUCUACCUGAUGCUGGGUGAUUGACAGCUAGGUGGAUGAAGGUCAAAAUCUGGGUCAUCUGAGAAAAAUGGUUGACCACUCUGCCAUAAAGAAUCAGACUAGAGCUCCAUGUAGCCCAGUAUUCAAUAUUAAUGGAUUUUCAAAAAAUUCUCAUCAGAUAAUGACUUCCUGCCUUUUCUCAAAAAAUAUUCAGAAUUUAAAAGUUUCAGCAGUGGUGCUUCAUAGUAGACGAUUCAGAAAUGUCACCUGUGGAGGACUAAACAUGGCAUGAAGUUCAUGACAUGAGUAAUCCUUGAGUGGGAUUGAGACUGGGUGGAGGGCUUUAGCCCUUUGUCCCCACCGCAAUCACAAUUGGAAUUAGGGGACUUCAUGUCUGUUUUCAAUAAAGGUAAAGGGGCCCCUGACCAUUAGGUCCAGUCGUGGCCGACUCUGGGGUUGCGGCGCUCAUCUUGCUUUAUUGGCCAAGGGAGCCGGCGUACAGCUUCCAGGUCAUGUGGCCAGCAUGACUAAGCCGCUUCUGGCGAACCAGAGCAGCACAUGGAAACGCCGUUUACCUUCCCGCCGGAGCGGUACCUAUUUAUCUACUCGCACUUUGACGUGCUUUCGAACUGCUAGGUGGGCAGGAAUAGGGACCGAGCAACGGGAGCUCACCCCGUCACGGGGAUUCGAACCGGCGACCUUCUGUUCGGCAAGUCCUAGGCUCUGUUGUUAAACCCACAGUGCUACCCGCGUCCCUCUGUUUGCAGUAGGAAGCAGCUAAUAGCAAGUACCAGGCUAGCUAUUUUAUUUUAUUUUUUGUAAUAAAAUUUUGCAUUCCCAGGGUUAACUUUUGUGACACAUCACAUUUACUUUACAAAUUGUACUAUUCAAGGGCCAGCCUACAUGGAUCACCAAAUCUUAGCCAAGGCUUGAAAACAUUUUUCUUUUCCUUUUUUUUUACUGUACUGAAUACAGUACAUCUAGAUUUUCAUAUAUAAUCUUGUAAUGAACUCUGGCUCACGUUUAUCAUUAGAAGGUUUGUUAGCUACAAGGUAUUGGGCAAGCUUGUGAUAUUUUAGUAAAGAUGAUUGAUGAAACAUUGGCAAAUGAUCUCUCCAACUAGGUCAGGUGCCUUCUCCUUUAGGCUUUAGAAACAAUCCCUGACAGCUCAUCAUCUUGAAUUACAGCUUUAUAAUCUGGUUUCAGGGGCUUCUCUCCUGCUUGAGAAAUUGAAAUACACAAAUGUUGGUGCAGCAUGUUGGAGCUUUUAUUUUACCGGAGAAGCAGACUUGCUGGUGUAACGCAGUUCCGCUCCAUUAGCUCAAAAAUAUGCAUGCGUUUCACCAGUGUACUUUGGUUUUUCACAUUGCAUAUUUCUUUUGCCAACCAAAGUUGAAUCCGUACAGAAGGAAAGGAUUUGGAAUGAGAAAAAGAGAUGUAAACUCGGGCACUAGAUCUUGGUUGCAAAGUCUUUUAUAUCAACCAACUGGAAUGAAAGUAGAAGGCAAGGAGAAGCUAGGUGUUAUUGGUCUCUCCGCUGAGCCAAUGAAGUGUCCCUAUUUAUAAUCUCUUCCUCUGCUGCAGCCUGAUGGCCUCAGCAUGUGGGGCCUCUCGUAGCAGAUGUGAUGAAGCACAUGGCAUUUCACCAGGCCCUGGGUUGAUUGUCAUCCAGUGCCCUUUUAAAAUGUGUUGGGGUUAUCAGGUUGUUUUUGUUUUGUUUUGAUUAUGUCUUUAGUGUUUUUAUAUUGUAAUUUUAUCCUGUGAGCCGCCCUGAGACCUGUGAGUGGUAUAAUUUUUAUAAUAAUAAUAAUAAUAAUAAUAAUAAUAAUAAUAAUAAUAAAAAAUAAUUUGGGAGUGUUCUUAAACCUAUUUUAUUGAAUUUGUGUGUUAUUCAAGAACAGAAAUAAUAAAUAAGAGCAUCCUAGCUGUGUGCUUAAUGCUGUUAAGGAGUUUGCACUUAAAGCAUACCUUGCAAGCGUUUGAUCAGUUUGCUUGGUUUGAUUUUUAAGUGUUGAACUGUUAUCCACCCUUCACCCAAACAGCAAUAUCUGAAAACCAGGCUAUUUUAUGGUCUUGAGGUCUCAGCUGGCUGCUGUCAGUGAGUCAUUUCAUGCAAACUGACAAAGCCAUUGCCUAAAGAAAUGCAAGUAAGAGUAAGCAGAAAUCCAGAUGCUAAAUACAUAGCAACUUGCGGAAUAUAAGAAAUGUGCCUUCUCUCCCCAUUUCCUAACUCUUUAUAACAGCUGGUAAAAGGCCUUCAACAGGAGCUGAAUCGUUUGUACACGCUUUUCUGUACGCGGAAUCCAGAGUUCAUAGAAAAGGGCGGCAAAGUAUCAAUUGUGUCACAUUCCUUAGGAUGCGUAAUCACAUACGACAUCAUGACAGGAUGGAAUCCGGUUAUACUCUACGAACAGUUGCUUGAAAAGGAGUAUGAUGACCUCGAGGACACCUGGAUGAGCUACGAGGAGCAACAUCUGCUAGAAGAGUUUUACUUGACCAAGCGGCGGUAAAAGAGUUUCCUUUCUAGUAUUGAGCAGGUCUUGAUGUAUUGAAAUUGACUGAGUGAGCCCAGGGUCUCUUUUAACAAGUGAACUGCUUUGCGCCACCACCCAGCUCCUACCUCAGCUGUGCCACCACAAGGCAACUAGAAGUUGACUGGCUCUGGAAGACAUUCCCACCCUUAUUUUUCAGCCCUUGGGCCUCGUUGAGAAAUACCUGCACGCACAAAGGGCACUGUGACCAGCCAGUCAUGCAUGUGGUACUUGAAAGGGGUCUUGAGCCAGAGAAAGGGCCAAACGUGGUGCUUGAGAUUUUUAAGCAGCAAGGCUGCCGUUGGGAUAGUCAGGUGGUAGGGCUUAAACCAGGGGUCAGCAACCUUUUUCAGCUGUGGGCCGGUCCACUGUCCCUCAGUCCAUGUGGUGGGUCGGACUAUAUUUUAUGGGGGGGGGGGGAAUGAACGCAUUCCUGUGCCCCACAAAUAACCCAGAGAUUCAUUUUAAAUAAAAGGACACAUUCUACUCACGUAAAAACAUGCUGAUUCCCGGACCGUCCGCGGGACGGAUUGAGAAGGCGAUUGGGCCGGAUCUGGCCCCCGGGCCUUAGGUUGCCUACCCCUGGCUAAAACUCUUCCUUUCCCCUAUGCUGAGAGAGUGAAUUAUGUCUUAGGGCAGGAUUCACCUUAGGAGCUCUGUCCACAGAAGUCCUGAGAAAUGAGGUUUGCUUCCCCCACCCCGCAUCUCCCCACACACACCCUGAAAUGGUCCUGGGGAGUUUGGGAAGGGACUGUCAAGCUGAUGUUCUUGCAUGGAUGGAACAUUUGUGGUAGUAUGACAUUAAAACUCAUGUUUUUAGUCUUCCAAAAUUUGUCUCCAGAAUAUUUGUUUUGGUGAAUUACACUAAUUGACAUGGUACUUAAUGGAGCUCUAUUAUUAUUAUUAUUAUUAUUAUUAUUAUUAGACUUUAUAUACCGCCCUAUUCCCACAGGUCUAGGGCCAAUUAACUGUUUCUAAUCAAAAGAACUCAAAAUGUCUGUAUUUUUUCCUAGAUUGAGGGAGAUAGAAGAGAGGUUACAUGGACUGAAAAAAUCCACCAUAUCUAAGACACCUGCCUUAAAAUUCAAGGUACAAAUAAGUAAGAAAUGUGCUGUUCUGCUAAUGGCUCACAUUUAGCAAGAAAUGUUUUUCAGGUUCCACCUUUAUUUAUUGCUAUUUAUUUAAUUUCUAAGCUGUCACUCAAAAUACAAAUAUGUAGGGAUAAUUUUUUUUUAGAAACUUCAGAACUGCAGUUAAAAUAGUACAGCAGUAAAAACAUUUCAAAGCAGAGAGUAAAAAACCCUAACUCAGGCACUGAAAGCACAUGAAGCAAAAAAGGUUAACCAACACUAAAGGCAAACUGGAAUAAAGUGAGCAGAUCAUAUCUCUUGGGGGAGGGAGUUCCAUAGACUCAAUGACCUCACCAACAAAAAAGCCCUUUCUCUUGUGUGGUCCACUAUCCUAAUCAUGCCUACUUGUGGGCAUACUGCCAGGGCCUCCAUAGCUGAUCUAAAUGCUCAGGCAGCUUCAUAAGUAGUAUAGGUAGUCCUUGAAGUAAUAGGUCCCAUUUUUUUUAGAGCUUCAAAGGUCAAUACCAGCACUGUGAAUUGGAUCUUUAAGCUUCCACACUUAAGACUGAUAAGACCCACUCGUAGGCACUGUCACUUCCACAGAUAUUGCCAAGUCCAACAGGACCCUCAGACUACAAACUUGGCCUUUUAGAGAAAGUGCAACACUACCCAGAACCACUUGGAACAUCUCCACCCAGAGCAGUCUGCUUCUUUACCACAGUACGUCCAUCUUCUCUGGAUUACGUUUCAGUUUGCUGGCUCUCAUCACUCCUCGAGGCUUCUGUUCAGGCGUUCCACAACCUCCGUGGGAUUAAGAGGUGGAAACAAAGAUGCAGAACUGUGUGUUACCAGCAUAUUAAUGACACUUUCCCCUAGUGGCUUAAUGUAGAUGUUAGAAAGCAUGAGGGAGAGAACAGGACUUUGCAGUAGUCAGGAGGGAAAUCCCCCCAGCACCACCAGCUGAUUGCAUCUCACCAGAAAGGACUGGAUUCUACACCCCACUGUGACUUCCAAGCCCAUUCUGGGAAGGCAAUCCAAAAGGAGGAUACCAACACUCCAGCAAGAAUUUGUUCACAUUCAGUUUCUUAAUGUUUCUCUCCCUUGAAAUGCAGCCCAGCCUAUAAUGCUCAUGCGUUUUUAUUUAUCUAAAAUAGCUACAAAUCCAGUGAAAUCAGCAUCAAAACCAACAGUAACAGCACAAAGAUAACGGGAAGUCUGUAUCUGCAAAACAUUGAUCAGUUAAUGCAUAUACAAGCUCAGCUUCAUUAGAUUGUCUUGAACACAAGGCACGUCUCUGAUGAUAUUGAGCGGAGUUUGUAUUUUAGUGAAUCUAGUUCGAUUUUUCUGUAAGGUCAAGUAAUAAUGUGUAAUGCAUAAGUUUGCUUGGGACCAAGGUUGUCAAAUAUGAAGGGUUUGACUAUUGAGGAGUUUGGGGGCCUCUGCUGUUAAGAUGUCUGGAGGGUCUGUGACUCAGUGGCACGUAAGAGCUUUCAGAUUCAACCCCUGACAUCCCCAGCAAGGUGGGUCUCCGAUACGAGGGUUGGGAAAGGCUCAUGCGUUGAGUUAAACAUAGUUAAGCACGGCCUGAUUUCAUAUAAGGUAUGUAGUAAGUUGAUACGCAGCAUGUACACAUGUUGGAUAUUUUUAUGGAACUAUCUUUUCUGCUUGCUUGAUGCUCUUGUGUGGUUUUUUUAAAAAGAAACUGAAUCAUGCAGGGCAUUAUUUUUAAAGAUAGUUAAGUAGUAGUUACAAGCUUCUUCUGAUUUCCCAUCCAUUUGUCACCAACUGCAUUUCUGCUAUGGAAAUGCACCAAAACCUUCUGCCUGCAGCCUCUUCCUCGGUGUAGCAGUUAGGUUUGGGGGAAGCAUCCUGUUAUAGAAAAGACUUCCCCAUCUGUGCUCUAGAGGGUCAUCUUUGUCUCCCAGUCUCCCCUGCACCUCCCAUGGGAUACCUCUUUCAUUGGAAUUUGCUUAGACAGGCGGUUUUGAGGUAUUUUUGCAAGUAGCCCAUGUGGCCUUCCUAUAGCUAUCAAAAGAUGUAAAAAGACUAGUAAAUAUUACACACUGUGAUUUCCCUCAAUUUGUAACGUACUAUGAAGCGAUGAGAUAGCUCUACACCCCCAACCCUUGCAAAACAGAAAAACAACCCAACCCAGUAUAUGCUAGAAAGCUGCCUUUUUCUCUGCCUGUUAAUAUCAAAUAAAUGUCUCCUUAGGUUGAGAAUUUCUUCUGUAUGGGAUCUCCAUUAGCAGUGUUUUUGGCCUUGCGUGGCAUCCGACCAGGAAACAGUGGAAGUCAAGAUCACAUUCUGCCCAGAACUAUUUGUAACCGGUUGCUAAACAUUUUUCAUCCAACAGAUCCAGUGGUGAGUGUUAGUGCAGUAACAAGCUUUCACCUCGAGAGCAGAGGCGGCCCUACCAUGAGGCAAGGUGAGGCGGCCCCCUCAGGUUGUGGAUUUUGGAGUGGAAAAGUCAGGUGGGAGCCACAGAGCACAAUCCCGGCAGGGAUGGGUUUGAAAAAGAAGGGGUUUUUGUUGCUGUAGAGCUACCCUUCAUUUCGAUGGGGAUUGCACAGGAGGACUUGACAGUGGGUUGUGUAUGCCCCAGAUUUUUGUCAAUGGAAGUGACGCGCACACACCAUUUGGGUUUUCCGCCUCAAGCAGCAAAAUGUCUUGGGCCGGCCCUGCUCAAGAGUAUUUCUAAAUAGCAUCUACUGAAGACCUGUCAAAGGCAUCCUUACUGUGGAACGCCCUUCCAGCAGAUGUCAAAGCGAUAAACAACUACCUGACAUUCAGAAGACAUCUUAAGGCAGCCCUGUUCAGGGAAGUUUUUAACGUGUGAUAUUUUACUGUAUUUUUGGUUUCUAUGGAAGCCGCCCAGAGUGGCUGCAAUUGACAGCAAAUCGGAUGCUGGAUCAGCAAUCUAUGCCUUCUUUAUUUUUAAAAGGGCUGUGUGAGCAUCAUGCCUUUUUUUUUUUUUUUUUGGUCUGUUUCUUUAUUUUAUUUUAUUUUUAAUUAAACUGCAGAACUUUUCUUGUGAUUUGGAGCACCUGCAUUGCUUGGCAAUAUCCCAGUGCACCCAGCAAUUGGUAUAUUAUUUCUCAUUUGGUUUAUAUCCUGCCUUUCUUCUGAAAGGAGCCAAGGUCAACAUGGGCAUCUUCUGGAAACUUACAGAACCAGCUACACAAACACACACACACACACACACACACACACACACGAUGCACAUUGCAAAAGGGCAUGUACAAUUUUAACAGAAUGCAGCAAGGGCACUUCUAGAGCAGCCUGAGACGCUAUGUUUCGUGUACUUCUAGCGUCUUACUUUAUUUAUUUUUUCUCAGUUGUGUUGAAAUCAGAGGGAAGUUGUGGUGAAAUGUUCAGUAUCCGUGAAAUUUUCUUUUAAACACAGUUCAGAGACAUUGGGAGUAGUUCACGUAAUGAACCCUGUCAGCAAGGACUUUUGUUUCUGCAAAAGGGCUUCCCUCACCCUUCCUUGUGCCCCCCCCAUCUGCUCUAUGGGGAUUGGGAGAACCCCAGAACAUGUGGGGGGAAAGGAGAGGGAAGAUCAUUCCAUCAGGCAAGUUGAAAACCUUGUACAGAUAGAACCCCUUAGCAGUGUGAACCAGCUGCACAUACCAUUAACAAACCCUGAAGCAGCAGUUAUUUGGGGUUUCACAGAUACGGGGUAGCUGUUCUUGAAUUUUUUUUAAAAAAAAUGCAUCUGUCCAGAAACCUUCCCUUCAGUCAAUUUCUUCAUCUUUAAUGCUCCAGUGACUUUAGCAAGACUUCUGGGAGCAAGGAGCAUGUGAUCUCCAGUGUUCCUUGGCCUGGAAUGAUUGUAUGUUGCUUGUUACUUAGUCACUCGUUAGAUAGAGGAGUUUAGAAUGCCCAGUUUUAAUACAAAGAAAAAUAAUAGUAACAAGUCUCUCCCAUAAAGCAUUCCUUGUUUAGAAUAGGUCCAUGUCAUAAGUAAAGAGCCCUGAGACAGCAGUGAUUGCCCUUUCUGAGUAUUCAGAUUGCAAAUGGAAGGAAGAAGAGAAGUGAAUUGUUGCCUUCCACUCAAGCCCUCCCGUGUCUUCUUCUUUACAGGCCUAUAGACUAGAACCCUUAAUUCUGAAGCACUAUAGCAACAUUUCUCCAGUCCAGAUCCACUGGUAUAACACCACGAACCCUCUACCUUACGAGCACAUGAAGCCAAGUUUCCUCAACCCGGCAAAAGAAUCUACCUCAGUCUCUGAGAGCGACUCUCUCCCAACAUUGCCCAGCCCAACAACAUCACCUGUCCUGGCUCGACGGCACUAUGGGGAGUCCAUAACCAAUAUAGGCAAAGCAAGUAUAAUGGGUAACUAUUCUUGAAGCCUUGGAAAACCUUGUGCCCCUGUGUGCAUAUCAUACCCUCCAAGGAAUAAAAUUAUCUCAGGUGGGCAGUUCGAAUCCCCGUGACGGGGUGAGCUCCCGUUGCUCAGUCCCUGCUCCUGCCAACCUAGCAGUUCGAAAGCACGUCAAAGUGCAAGUAGAUAAAUAGGUACCGCUCCGGCGGGAAGGUAAACGGCGUUUCCGUGCGCUGCUCUGGUUCGCCAGAAGCGGCUUAGUCAUGCUGGCCACAUGACCCGGAAGCUGUACGCCGGCUCCCUCAGCCAAUAAAGCGAGAUGAGCGCCGCAACCCCAGAGUCGGCCACGACUGGACCUAAUGGUCAGGGGUCCCUUUAUGAAGCUCACACAGUGACCUGAUGGGGGGCACAGCCCCCAAGACGCCCUGGGCACCAAAGAUGGGCGUAGCUAAUAUCUAUCUUGGAGAGAUUUGCCCAAGGUCACGCAGCAGAUUUUGAUGGCUGGGCAGGUAUUCCCACCACCAAACCUGGGUUAUUUUCACCCUAAAAUCAGGGCCGGGGGACAUGUGGCCCCUCCUGGUGUUUCUUAGACUCCAGCUCCCAUAAGCCUCAGCCACCACGGCCAGUGAUCAUGGGAGAUGUAGUCAAGCAACCACUGGAAAGCCACAGAGUCCCCGUCCUUGCCCUCAGUAAUAAUCUUCUGAAGUUUGCAAAAUAGCGUUGGGGGACGGUGUCACUUUUCACCAUUAGUAUUUUGACAGCUUAAAGGUAAAGGGACCCCUGACCAUUAGGUCCAGUCAUGACCGACUCUGGGGUUGUGGCGCUCAUCUCGCUUUACUGGCGAAGGGAGCCGGCGUAAAGCUUCCGGGUCAUGUGGCCAGCAUGACUAAGCCGCUUCUGGCGAACCAGAGCAGCGCACGGAAAUGCCGUUUACCUUCCCGCCUGAGUGGUACCUAUUUAUCUACUUGCACUUUGACGUGCUUUUGAACUGCUAGGUUGGCAGGAGCAGGGACCGAGCAACGGGAACUCACCCCAUCACGGGGAUUCGAACCUCCGACCUUCUGAUCGGCAACUCCUAGGCUCUGUGGUUUAACCCACAGCGCCACCCGCGUCCCUUUUUUGACAGCUUAUAUACUGCUUAAUUGCAAAAGUCUCUGAGUGGUGAAUGAUGCCACAGACCCUGUCCAAGUGGUGUCUAGUUUUGUGCCAUGAGAUUCCACAUGGUACACAUGAUUGCAGUGGAGGCGCUAAUUGGAGGGAGGUGGUAUUUUCUCUAUGUCAGGAGGCAGUGGGUUGAGCACAGUGCGAAAUGUGGUAUCCCCACAAUGUCUGAACUCCCUGCAACAAGAAAGCAGCAGCUCCUCCUUGAUCAUAUUAUAGAGUGUAUCUGAAUGUUAACAUUUUUACUGCCAUCACACUCUACAUUUUUUUAAAAAAAUAAAAACAUAAUUUUAUUAAUCUAGAUUUCCAAGAUUGCUUACAAAAGAGAAGUGUAAAACAAACAUAAAACAGAUCAGAAACAAAAGCAGCUAUCGUAGCAACAGUAAAAAUACAAAAAGUAGUAGAUAUAAAACCAGUAAACAUUUUAGACUUAAAAAAAAAAAUUGCCCAGGAUUUUAACACCUUACAUUUUUAAGGUCUUCACCUAAAGUUGUAAUUAGUGAUCCCUUUGAAUAGUGGUACCAGGUGUCUUUUCAAGAUUAGCAUCUGCAGUAUUGUAGCUUGUAGUCUAUCCACAAGGUGGCAGCAGAGUCAGAUGAAAAGGCCAACAUGAUCGUGUUCGUGGCUUCUGGUUUGGGGCAGAGGGGGGGUGUUUAUCAUGACACGUUUUUUGUCCCGGAGUGCUGUGUGACUGCCAAGUUGAAACUCCCCUUGUCUUGUGCUGAAUACAGGAGCUGCUAGCAUCGGGAAAGGCCUCGGAGGGAUGCUCUUCUCGAGAUUUGGACGUGCCAGUGCUCCCGCUUCCCAGGCCCUUGAGGCAGGAAAAGAAGGGCCAGAACUGGAGGAGAAGAAGCCAUCCUUGAGCCAGGCGUCCAUCGGAACUCAGACCAUCCCACACAGCAGCUCCGGCUUCUUAGAUCCGACAAGUGAGCAAAAGCAGCUUUGUUGGUCCGCAGAAAUCCUAGCCUUGCUUCCCCGUUUUCUUCAGAAGGGAAACUUUUUCCACUAGAGUCAUUCAGGGUGUAUUGAAAACAAAUGAGCCGUGUGGGCUCUUGCAGUGGAGUCCUUGUGCAUCUGUAGCAGUCUUAAAGAUGGUGUAUUCCAUUCCUACAGAUCUGGGGUUCCUAAAACUGCCUCGCGCCUAGGCUCCCUAAAUCAAGCAUAGUAGAAAUUCCAGCCUCCCCAGGCACAUCCUGUUUUUCUUGUUCUUGGGACAAACAGUUUGUGUAGUCCUUGCUUUUUUCUGAUUUCCCCUCUUUCUCCAAAGACCCAUGGCCUGAAGGGUACCAUUGUUUACACAGAAUCAUAGAAUCAUAGAGUUGGAAGAGACCACAAGGGCCAUCGAGUCCAACCCCCUGCCAAGCAGGAAACACCAUCAGAGCACUCCUGACAUAUGGUUGUCAAGCCUCUGCUUAAAGACCUCCAAAGAAGGAGACUCCACCACACUCCUUGGCAGCCAAUUCCACUGUCAAACAGCUCUUACUGUCAGGAAGUUCUUCCUAAUGUUUAGGUGGAAUCUUCUUUCUUGUAGUUUGGAUCCAUUGCUCCAUGUCCGCUUCUCUGGAGCAGCAGAAAACAACCUUUCUCCCUCCUCUAUGUGACAUCCUUUUAUAUAUUUGAACAUGGCUAUCAUAUCACCCCUUAACCUCCUCUUCUCCAGGCUAAACAUGCCCAGCUCCCUUAGCCGUUCCUCAUAAGGCAUCGUUUCCAGGCCUUUGACCAUUUUGGUUGCCCUCCUCUGGACACGUUCCAGUUUGUCAGUGUCCUUCUUGAACUGUGGUGCCCAGAACUGGACACAGUACUCCAGGUGAGGUCUGACCAGAGCAGAAUACAGUGGCACUAUUGCUUCCCUUGAUCUAGAUGCUAUACUCCUCUUGAUGCAGCCCAGAAUUGCAUUGGCUUUUUAGCUGCCGCGUCACACUGUUGGCUCAUGUCAAGUUUGUGGUCAACCAAGACUCCUAGAUCCUUUUCACAUGUACUGCUCUCAAGCCAGGUGUCCCCCAUCUUGUAUUUGUGCCUCUCAUUUUUUUUGCCCAAGUGCAGUACUUUACAUUUCUCCCUGUUAAAAUUCAUCUUGUUUGUUUUUGCCCAGUUCUCUAAUCUGUCAGAAGGGUACAACUUUGAAACAUCACGGCUACCCUUGGCUGUUCCCUGCGUCACACUUAGUAGGAUCUGGCCAAUGGGCUGCUUAGUUCCAACGGUGCUACUGUCACAGCCCCCCCCCUAUUUUGGGAUCCAUAUCAAAUCAGGAAGUGAGGGAAUAGCUUAGUAAGUUGUUGCCAGAGCCCCCACCCCAAUAAGCACAAGCAAAGAACUGGGAGCGCUGUGUUGUUCUGGCAAUAAUCCUUUGUGGUUUUGUUCUUGCUUCCUUCCUAGUGGACCUGGAGCACAGGAUCGACUUUGAGCUCAGGGAAGGCCUGGUGGAGAGCAGGUACUGGUCUGCUGUCACAUCACACACGGCUUACUGGUCAUCCAUGGACAUUGCUCUCUUUCUUCUCACCUUCAUGUACAAGCAGGACCAAGAGGAGGAAGAGGAGGAGGAUGGCAUCAAGUCACACUUAGAGCCUGUUUGAUUGUAGCCUCGGGGGGGUGGGGUGGGGGGGGAAGUAGGGAGAGGAUGAAACUUGACAAGUGGCACAAAGCAGCCUAAGUUCAACUUCUGUUUCUAAGGCAUGGAGGUUUCAGGUUUAAAUGCAUGUCCGGAUUCCUUCCUUCCAAGAUUAUUUCUCCUUCGCGGCACAUUUCCACUUCUGUGCUAAUUGAGGCUUUCCCAGAAGGCUGCUCUCAGUUCCCACUCUCUUACAGCCUGUAGUGGCACCGUCAGCAUCCAUCUCCCCAGGUUAGCAUAACUGCUGUUUAACAGAAUUCGUUUUUUUAAGUGCAAAGAUUACUCUGGUUCCAGAAUUCAUUUUCAUUUCAGAAAAGAAUGCCUGCAAACCUAAAACAACCAUGCUCUGUGUCCUUUGUAUUGGUAAAUAAGAAGCAAAGUGGGUAUCCUAGUUCUAAUCUGAAGACUGUUGCUCCAGGCUCCAUUGAAAUUCCUUUGGGAUGGGAGACACAAAGGGGUGUGCUAACACAACUCAUCCAGAAACUAAAACAGGCAUGAGGCAAAUAUUUUGAAAUACUGUAAUUAUAAUUUAUUAUUACCUCUGACUAACCGUUUUGUUUCACUCCAGUGUGUAAAAAGCGUUACUUUUCUACUGUUUUUUCCCCGUUUUUUGUUUUUUGUUGGGGGGGGGGCAUAAUUUAAAGAACCACAUUUAUUUUCUACAGUGUUAAGACUUUAUUCCUCAAAUGACAUAUCUUUGUACUAUUCAAAAGGAGCUAUGGACACUGUGGCACACUUUUCAGUAUUUUUUCAUUAAAAAUAAACAUUUGUGGAUCACACAAACAACACUUGCUAAACAGUUCUUCUCUGUGGGUAAGUAAAGUCUCUGCGGAGAGUAGGCUCCUCCCUUCAUAGCGUGCACUUUGGAGAACUUGCAGCACUUCAUUUUCUUCUCAAAUUCUAAAAUGUUAUUUAGGAAUUUCGAUGCAAGCAAGUGGUGGAAGCUGAGUCCUGAACUUCAACUUCCUCAGUCAUCAAGGAGUGUAUUAACCUGAGCAUACGGCCCUGGGCAUUUGGACCAGCAUUCCCUAAGCUUGUGCCUUCCAGGUAUUUUGGAUCACACAUCCCAUCAGCCCUAACCAGCACGGCUGGAGAACACCAGGUUAGGGAAGGGCAGAUUGAACCAUUUUUAAGAGACUUGGGAAAGUGAUGCUAGCCAGGAUCCAAAAAGAGGCAUCCGUAGUUUUGUCAGUUGUUUUUCUUAACAACUGUUUGCAGUGCCAGUGAGACCAUCUGCUUUCAAAAGGGCCACUUUUGUGAAAAGAAGAGCAAAAAUCAGCUUCCAGACAGGCUCCCCGUUCACACACACAUCCCCCUUCUCAGUAUUUCACGUAGUAUUUUCGAAACGCAUAAAGAUGGCUGCUUAUUUGCCUUAAAGGUGGAUCUGAGUCUCCUUUUGUCCUGGCUCAUCCCAGCUGAAGGAGACAGACGUCAGAUAGCUUUUAUUGGUACAAGAAGCGCCCGCAACAACUCCCAUGGUGCUCCGGGUGCGCUCACCUCUAGCCACUGAACAACAGUCCCCCACAGAUGUGUGCCCUGUGGGGCAGUUACUGCAGCAGUGAUGCCCUACCCCCCCGCCAGCUUAAGUAACCCCCCCGACAGGUUGCGCACCCGCAACCUGAGACUUCUGCUGCAUGGAAGUAAGCAGACAGCAGGGCAGGGGGAUGUGGGGAGUCUACUGACCCAUCUCUCACCUUAACGCCACAUCCUGCCCACCUUCCUCCAUCUUGGACUGCCCUGACUCUCCCUCCUUCCCCUGCCCUGGCGCCAAACCCCAUAAAUUGCUGGUCCCCUCUCCUGGGUCACUCUCCUGAUCCACUCACUCCAACAUACACUCUUCAGAGGCCUGCUAGUCUUGAUGGCACCUUUCUACUUUGUAUUCGACACAAUCAACGUAAAUAAAAAACUGCCGAUAAAACAGAUUAAAGCACAGAAAACCACACUAGCACAUAGGAAUUGCAAACAGCAAUAAAGCAAUUUAAAACCAGCCCACAAGCAUAUUUAAAUCAAAGCUGAAAGUUGUUACCGAAAAGGGCAGUCCGUGGAAGAACAAUCUUCUUACAAUCUCCUGAUUUCAGAAGUAUAAUAACCGCAUGGAAAUGUUAUACAAACUGGCAGUCUGAGUGUUAUGUUGCAAAUUUGGUAGUUUGGUAGAAUGGCAGCAUGCUUGAGGGUUUUUUGGAACAGGGUGGGUAUCUUCAGUAGUUGACUGUUGUGUGUCGGAAUGUCAAAGGUUGCUUCAUUUUCUGUCACUUUGGAAUGCAAGUGAGCUACCAUCUUAACAGUCAUGAAACGGGCUUAAAAACAGACUCCGCUGAAAUCCUUUCAAGAUCUGUGAUUAUCUCAAAUUUGUGAAGGCAAAGCUUAAUGUCAGAGUGAUUUGGAAUGCUUAUUUCUCUGAAGGAACAGACAGUAAAAAAGAAAACAUGGCAUAGAACUGGAAAAACUCACAUGUUGUCUGAUCAUGUCCACAACCCUGGGUUCGUUGGUGAGAUAGAAGGCGGUGCUUAAAAAUGGCAUCCCCUGUUACUAGCUUUAAAUGUCAGGCAAUUGCUCUUAUUAAUAUAUAAAGUAACAUUAAAUUUAAGUGGCCUUUGGCAGCUACAGACUGCAUUUAGCUUACCAAUGACAAGUGGAAUUCACAGAUUUGGAAGGAAGGCCUUCUAAAUGCCCAAAGUUAGUAGUUCCUGGCAGACUCCGGCAUCUCCUUUUCCAGAAAUCAAUCUGGAUGUGGCAAUCCCCCUUCCAUUGUUAUGACUAACAAAGAUUGUGACGCCCAACCUCAGCAGUACUACUGCUCCCUUGAAAAGGGAUAUAUAUUUGCUGUAUUUAAGAAGGUGCCAUUAUCUGCAUGUGGUGCCUGGGCAAUGUGCUGAGCAGAACCAGGAACUUUCAAGAGGAAAACCCGGCUUCUCGGUACUUCCCCCACUUAAAAGAUGAGGUCUGUGCAACUUUAUACACUUCAAGCUGUGCACCACCUGUGUAAUUCUAGCUUCUCAACCACUGCUGCUUUGUAGCCCCAAGCAGGCAGCAGUGCCAAGUUUUAUGUUCAUUGGACAGCCAUACACUGAGGACAGUGACCCUGGGCAUAAUCUUGAGUUGUGCCCAGGGCCUGGUGCAAGAUUUAAGUGUUGCUGAGCUAAAUUAAAGCGCUAUGGCGGUGCUUUAGUAGAGUAUAAGACUCGGGUUCAUGGGUUUGAGCCCCACGCUGGGCAAAAAGAUUCCUGCAUUGCAGGACCCUUGGGAUCUACAUGACCCUUAGGAUCCCUUCCAACACUACAAUUAUAUGAUUCUAAACAUACAUAUAAAUGGCCAAUUGCCAAGAAAAUCCAACACUUUAUAUCAGGCAUAGGCAAACUCGGCCCUUCAGAAGUUUUGGGACUACAACUCCCAUCAUCCUUAGCUAACAGGACCAGUGGUCAGGGAUGAGGGGAAUUGUAGUCUCGAAACAACUGGAGGGCCGAGUUUGCCUAUGCCUGCUUUAUAUGCUACCUAACGCUGAAAGUCUCAUAAGGAGCUUACAAAAAUAGACAAGAAAACAAGCAAUAGUGGGAAGCAUCAAACCAUUUUUUUAUACUGGAAUGCCGCUCUAGAGGUCUGGCAGUAUAUAACCAUGUCUCUCAAUCCAUCUGCUAAGCAGAACAUCAUCCUCUGCAAGAUAACCGGGCCUGGUCAAAUGCUCUUCUCUGAUCCACUUUUGUAUUUAUAUGGCCAGGAAAGCUGCCUGUUUUAUCUCUGGCCUUAAACAGUGUGCAUGAGUCAGAAUGAGUCCUCGCUGCAGCCCUGGUUUUGGCUGGAGGAACAUUGCAUUGUCCGUUACCUUCUGGUUUCUUCAUUAACCAAAAGGGUGCAUUUUUCUCUUCCUUCCCCUCCUCCCCAACCUCUUCUUGUUGAUUCAUCCUCAAAAUAUGUUUUCUAUCUAGAACAUCUAUUUUAAUGGUUCUCCCUUGUUUUCAAAAGUUUUUUCUUCAGCAAUGAACUCUCCCCUCACUCCUUUCCCUUACAAAUUAUUAGCCUUUCAAAAUGGCACCUUCUGUAAAUCAUUUUCCUGGGUAGCCACUCAUCUAUAAUCCUUGAUCUCCCAUUGCACUGUGGCCUGUGGGUCCAGUUUGAUCAGAUGAAGGUUUCCAGGGAGGUCCCAUAACCUCUCUUAUCUCGUGGUCCAGCCCCAGGACCCAUGCAGGAGUUGCACCAGAAUCCUAACACAGACUCAAAAAUAAAAACCACUUAAUUCGGGUGUUGGCUUAAAUAUAUAUAUAUUAAAAAGUGCAUGGCAUAGAAGCCAAAGACUAGCUUUCCCUUGCUGCUGGUGAAUUGCAGCCAGGCCUAGAUAGUUGGGGUUAGAGGAGAGGAUCUCCAGGCACGUUUCGAGUUGUGGUGCCCUCCAUUGCCCAUGGCCAUGUUGGCAGGAGCGGAUGGGAUCUAACGUCCCAAUAGUUGGAAGGCACCAGGUUGGGGAAGCCUGCAUUAAGGCAGAGAUGGUGGUGGAAGCAAUAGAAUAAAAUAGGUUUUAUAUUUUGAUUUUAUUCUAUGAACUGCCCUGAGACCCCCAGGUAUAGGGUGGUAUAGAAAUUCAAUAAAUCAUCAUCAUCAUCAUCAUCUACUCGUACCUACAGGACUGCCUCUCCUGGUAUGCCCCACAGAGGAACUUACGGUCUUCAAAUAAAAACAUCUUGAAGGUCCCAGGCCACAGAGAGGUUAGGCUGGCCUCAACUAGAGCCAGGGCUUUUUCGGCUGCGGCUCCAACCUGGUGGGACGCUCUGUCACAAGAGACAAGGGCCCUGCAGGACUUGACAUCUUUCCGCAGGGCCUGCAAGACAGAGCUGUUCCACCAGGCCUUCGGUCAGGGCGCAGCCUGACUCCCUCCUUUGGCAAUCUUUACAAAACUUUAGUUUAUGGUUGCCAUCAAUUUUGAUUUUAAUUAAUUUUUAUAAUGUUUUUAUAAUGUUGCACUAUUUUAGUGUUGUUAGCCGCCCUGAGCCCGGCUUCAGCUGGGGAGGGCGGGAUAUAAAUAAAAUUUAUUAUUAUUAUUAUUACUGAGGAACAGAGAAGAAUAUGAGCUCAAAGCUGCAUGGAAAACUCUUUACUGCCCAGCAGAUUUCAAGCUACAACUAUUCAAGGGCAGCAAUGAUUCAGUCCAGUGUUUCAGAUGAGGGCUUCACCUGGCCCUAUCUGGUGAUAUUGGGACCUUCCUCAUUACUGUUCUUCAUUGGUAUUGUAAAUUUUAUUUUAAAUUUAAUAUCCUGCCCUUCCUCUCAAAUGAGCCCAGGAUGGGGGAAAACAAAGCAGCACAACUUUUCAAAGAUUAUAAAAUCUGAAAACAUUUGAAAAAGCAAUUGCAAAUCCUUACAGCUAAUAAGCCUAGGUUUGCCAGUCAUCAAAUGCCUGGGUGCAUGUGCUGUACCGUGGAGCUAUGACCCUUCCCCCAAAUAAUUUGCUUUUUCUGCAGAAGGAAGAAACUGUGCAGUGCUGGUGGGAGUGGGAGGUUCAGAAGGGCCUUUCUUGUCCCCCUCCGUGUUGGCCAAUGUCCUCUUCUCCAAGGUGCCACUAUCCACUCUGUGCCCGAUCUGCACAAUCGCUCUGAGGGGAGAGUGCAAGACAGGUGGAGGGUUCUGCUGCUGACAAAUGUGAGGAGUGUACUGGCCUCUCCAGUGCAGGCAUCCCCAACCUUCAGCCCUCCAGAUGUUUUGGACUACAAUUCCCAUCAUCCCUGACCACUGGUGCUGUUAGCUAGGGAUCAUGGGAGUUGUAGGCCAAAACAUCUGGAGGUUGGGGGUGCCUGUUCCAGUGAGUGGGCAGUAGGUCCUCUGCAGUUGCCCAGACAACAGCUGUUACCCAGGAAGUCUGACCCCUAAUGACAGUCCUGGCUGUACAAAACUACCUUUAGGAGAAAAGGAUGGAUGUAUGCAACCAAAAUGAUUCAGCAAAGAAAUCCUAAUGCUAUCCACUUUUUUCCCCAUCCAAGUGUUGGCAAAAGGCAUAAUAUUUCUCUUCCAAGAAGGUGUCUUGCUGUCAAACCACAUCUGAGGAGUAGUUCAAUGAUUCCUUCCUCUUGAUGGUUGUUGUUUUUUUAAUACAUUUUUUGUAGCUCUACCUCCUUUUUAAAAAACAAAAGCCAGCCACAAAGUCUGCAGUGGAAAAGCAAAGGAAGACAGGAGGAGGAAAGGAUAGACGGACUGCUCCCCUUCUUGCCAUUUGUCUGGUAAAAAGCACCCUUUCCCCACAAGCUGCUUUUCUCCCCCUGCCCCCAUAUGACGGAAAAAAGCUGGGUGCACCGUACCUCUCCCAUCAUAAUCAGGGAUCCAAGGUAGCAGGGAGAAGUGGCUGACGCAGAAAGAAAACAGCUUGCAUAUUAUUUGCAAUGCAUUGGAUAAACAAAUGAUUUUCAAGGGGAACAUUCUUACACUGACUCUAGAAUAUCUGGAAACCAAGCCUUAGCAGGAACAGUUGAGGGAGUUGGGUAUGAUUAGCCUGGAGAAGAUAAGACAGAGAGGUGAUAGAAUAGCCAUCUGCCAGAUGGAAGAUGGAGCAAGUUUAUUUUAUGCAGCUCCAGAGAUUAGGACCAUCUGAGUAAUGCCUAAAUUGACUGGCAGUGGCUCUCCAGUUUUUAAUGCAAGGAGCACUCUUAGUCACACCUGGAGAUGCCAGGGAUUGAACCUGGAACCUUCUCCAUGCCAAGCAGGUGUUCCACCACUGAGCUAUGGUCCCUUCCCGAAAUGAAGGAGCUGCAACUACAAAGGGUUCCUGAACAUUUCUUUCUGUAAAUAGCUAUCUGCUUGGUCUAUGCAGCUAUUUUCAUUCUAUGGUGCUAAUUUCAUUUUUCCCAUGGAUGGGAGAUUAGUUUGAUAUCAACCUGCCUGUGCAUUAAGAUCAGGGGAAGAGGCAUGAUGGCUGGGGCUGCUGAAAGCUCUAGUCCAAAACUUUGCCAAGAUUGCAAAGGCUGGUAUAGAGGUAGAAACAUCUUGAGUGAUUUUAGUUUGUCUCCAUUAUACUGCAAUAGCCUUUGGUUAUCUUGGGUUACAGACACUUCAGGUUACAGACUCCGCCAACCCAGAAAUAGUACCUCGGGUUAAGAACUUUGCUUCAGGAUGAGAACAGAAAUCCCACAGCGGCGGUGGGAGGCCCCAUUAGCUAAAGUGGUACCUCAAGUUAAGAACAGUUUCAGGUUAAGAACAGACCUCCAGAACGAAUUAAGUUCUUAACCCGAGGAACAGAGUGAUUUGGGGCAAAGCUGAGGGCUUUUGUAAUUUCCAUUAAAAAAGAACAAGGAAUAAAUGAGUAAUUGCUACACAGUUUGUUGCAUGGGAUCCUAUGCCCAGAUAAUUCUGUUCAUGUGCAGGGACUAAACUAUUUUCUACUUGGCAUAAAUGGAUUCUUCUCAAAGACAGCACAGCUGUUGCUAACUGCAGUCACCCUGUGCAGAAUCCAGCUUUUUGAAAUUCUUGUCUUCCUUCUUUCCCCCCCCCCUUUUUUUUAAGGUACAAAUGCUGGCUUGAAUGUGUGGGCAGAAAUAUUGCUGUAGAUUCAGGGGGGCGGGUUAUGAAUAAGAUUUCCAGCAGGAUUUCUGGAGUGUGUGUGGAGAUCUUCAGUGCUCUGCAUAGCAAUUUGAUCCAUACCAUUGAUCACAAACAUAGACUAUAUACGGGAAGUUAGCAAAAAAUGGAAUAAGAUCUGCAAAUGCAUAUUGUCUCCAGCUUACGGAAUUCAGAUUUGCAUUUUAUGGCAGCUUUUAUUUUGCCCAGAAUUUGGGUUGCCUGCUGGCAACGUUUAAAUUUUAUUUUUAAAUCCAGAGUGCCCAGAACUACUAUAUAACAUAUUCUGUUUGUGACGUGAACAGUAAUGAGCAAUGUAACUCUUCAGCACCUUCUGGCUGGUUUCCCCACAAAUUGCACUUAGACAUGGCCUGUAAUACAUUGGGUUGAAGGCCACCUUUUUGCCAAGGCUGCCUGGGAAAGCACAACAUCCCUCCCAGAUUUCUGUGGCUCUUCCAGGGAUGGAGUUUCCACAUCAACGCUGAGCUGUCAAUGGAACGGCUGUGUUGGCACUACAGAAUCCAUUCUUGCCCUGGGCACAGCUGUGAAGCCCAGCCAAACCAAAACAAUGCUGGGAAUGCUGGGGCGAUGAUGGUGGACUGUGUGGGCAGCCAGGGAGAGAAAAGCAAUCCAAUAAACAGCAGUGGUUUGGAGGGGAAUGGCUGUGAGAAGGAGGGAGAAGGGGCAGAGCAGGGGUGAAAUGGGGGGGUUGCAGGCUUUUUCAACGGUGUUUCAAAUAUAUGCAAUUUCACUUAAAUCUGUAGUGCCUUGGAACUUAACCCCCACAUAAAUUGGGAGUUGCCUGUACAUUCCACUGGAAAUAGCAGAGAGAGGGGUGCAUGGCAGAAAGAGGAAGAUAAGCAUUUAUUAUCGGUGGAGCAGCCACCAAGAUCACAUAACACCAGUCUUGAAAGACCUACAUUGGCUCCCAGUACGUUUCCAAGCACAAUUCAAAGUGUUGGUGCUGAUCUUUAAAGCCCUAAAUGGCCUCGGUCCAGUAUAUCUGAAGGAGCGUCUCCACCCCCAUCGUUCUGCCCGGACACUGAGGUCCAGCGCCGCUGGCCUUCUGGCGGUUCCCUCCCUACAAGAAGCCAAGUUACAGGGAACCAGGCAGAGGGCCUUCUCGGUAGUGGCACCCGCCCUGUGGAACACCCUCCCACCAGAUGUCAAAGAGAACAACAACUACCAGACUUUUAGAAGGCAUCUGAAGGCAGCCCUGUUUAGGGAAGCUUUUAAUGUUUGAUGCAUUGCUGUAUUUUAAUAUUUUGUUGGAAGCCGCCCAGAGUGGCUGGGGAAGCCCAGCCAGAUGGGCAGAGUAUAAAUUAUUAUUAUUAUUAUUAUUAUUAUUAUUAUUAUUAUUAUGGCAAAGAUGGUGGCAGAGAGAGUAAAGGGGUGGAGCAAUUUGGUGUUGCCAACAAAGGUCCGUAUAGUUCAAGCUCUGGUUUUCCCAGUAGUGAUGUAUGGAAGUGAGAGCUGGACCAUCAAGAAGGCUGAUCGCCGAAGAAUAGAUGCUUUUGAAUUAUGGUGCUGGAGGAGACUCUUGAGAAUCCCAUGGACUGCAAGAAGAUCAAACCUCUCCAUUCUGAAGGAAAUCAGCCCUGAGUGCUCGCUGGAAGGACAGAUCCUGAAGCUGAGGCUCCAAUACUUUGGCCACCUCAUGAGAAGAGAAGACUCCCUGGAAAAGAACCUGAUGUUAGGAAAGAUGGAGGGCACAAGAAGGGGAUGACAGAGGACGAGAUGGUUGGACAGUGUUCUGGAAGCUACCAGCAUGAGUUUGACCAAAUUGAGGGAGGCAGUGGAAGACAGGAGUGCCUGGCAUGCUCUGGUCCAUGGGGUCACGAAGAGGCGGACACGACUAAACAACUAAACAACAACAACAACAAUUUGGUGUUAGCUCCACCCAUUUGCAGCUCUAGCUCUGCCCACCAAUGGCUCUGGUCCCUGAUUGACUUUUCGCAUGGGUGAAUGACUGUGGGUUGAUGGCUCUUCAUAGCCUUCCCUUUUAAUGUUUGGGUCUCUUCCCAAGAUAGCAGGGACCACCAUCUAUCUUUUCCUCCAUUCAGAUAGAGAUGAACUAAGGUCCCUUUCUUGAUGGUCCAUCCAUGUACACCCAACAGAGGAAGUGCCUCCUCACUCGCUAGAACUUCCUGUCCCUGGACGUCCACCAAGGCCUGACAUUGAAUAUCCUCUGAAAGUGCCCUCAGACUUUCCUGGUUCAGCUGAAACUCAGCAGCUAAGCCCAAGCCUAAAAAGAUUAGACAUAAAUAAAAUGAUUGAAAAAUUGUGGUAAAUGGAUGUAUUUUAUUUAUUAUUCAGAAGCUGGUGGCUCUGUUUGACCAUUUUUUCCCCUAUUCUCAAAGUGUUGCUCUCCACCCUGAGCCAAUGGAAAGGUGCAACAGAGGAAUGAAACACAGUAAAUGGAUAUUAGUGACAAGUGUGGCAUUGAUAACAAGAAUGCCCCCAAAUGUGGAUGGUGUUUGCUUCCCUACCCCACCCCAAGCUUUGGUAUUUCAUUCCAUAAUGGAACAUACUUAAAUAACAGUUACUCUUUCUGGGUGGAGUUGCAAAAAGUCUUCCAGAGACAUGAGUCAGGCAUCAAAACAAUCUGGAAAGGAGCAUUAAAAUCUAUAUUUUCAAACAGUAUAUUGACAUAGUUUUGUCCUCUGUGUUUUGAACAUCUGAAAUGGCAAGAAAUUCCAGCUUCAAGCUCCUGGGACAGAAUGAUUGCGAUGCAAGUUUCCUGCUCAAAACAGCAACCCCACCUUGAGAUGCUUCUCUCCUGGUAAUGUGGUUUGAAGUAGUUUUGGAAACAAGUGAAGGGACAUCAUCAUGUAUAUUGAUGUGUGUUGCUUUGACUUAAAAAGGUAAAGGGACCCCUGACCAUUAGGUCCAGUCGUGACCGACUCUGGGGUUGCGGCGCUCAUCUCGCUUUACUGGCCAAGGGAGCCGGCGUAACAGCUUCCGGGUCAUGUGGCCAGCAUGACUAAGCCGCUUCUGGUGAAACCAGAGCAGCGCACGGAAACGCCAUUUACCUUCCCGCCGGAGCGGUACCUAUUUAUCUACUUGCACUUUGACGUGCUUUUGAACUGCUAGGUUGGCAGGAGCUGGGACUGAGCAACGGGAGAUCACUCCGUUGUGGGGAUUCGAACCGCCGACUUUCUGAUCGGCAAGUCCUGAUCGGCAAGCUCUGUGAUUUAACCCACAGCGCCACCCGCCUCCUGUUGUUUUGACUUACAUUUCCUUAAAAUAGCAACCAAUUAACAACAACAACAACAACAACAACAACAACAACGUUGUUGGCCCCCUGGGUAACCCGAAGGAACAUUUCAAUGGUUUAUCUUAGAUUGAAACUAAACAGAGCCUUUGCAUUUCACACGUACUUUUUAAAAAAUUCAAAUAGCAGCAGCUACUACUGGAGGGAGCCCCUUCCCCCACUAGAGCCCAGCCCUCAGAUGCCAUGGGAAAUGAGACUUCCCCUCCAGAUGCAAGCAGCAGCUUCACAUGAGCACCUUUCAUCCAGAUUGCAGCAGGGCUGGAAAGGGUUAAACUCUUUGCCCCACCCCUGCCUGUGACAAUUACAAUUAGCAGCCCUGCCAGCCCCACACAGCUGCUAUCUGACUGUCUUAAAAUAUGCAUUUUAAAUGCAGAGAAGAGGUUCAGCACCAUGUCUUUAGAGAAGCCCACUUUCUAAAAGAGCUGCAAGCCUGAGCUCUAAAUGUCACACACAACCUCUUUUAUUCUAUUAAAAACAUGGACUUAAUUGGGACUUGUGGGUUUAUAUUCCCACUAUAGUUGAUAGCCAAAAAAUAGCAAGGAGAGACAAGAAGGCCUUCUUAAACGAGCAAUGUAAAGAAAUAGAGGAAAACAAUAGAAUGGGAAAAACCAGAGAUCUGUUCAAGAAAAUUGGAGAUAUGAAAGGAACAUUUUGUACAAAGAUUACCAUAAUAAAAGACAAAAGUGGAAAGGACCUAAAAGAAGCAGAAUACAUCAAGAAGAGGUGGCAAGAAUACACAGAGGAAUUAUACCAGAAAGAACUGGAUAUGGAACAACUGAUUGGUUCAAAAUUGGGAAAGGAGUACGGCAAGGCUGUAUAUUGUCUCCCUGCUUAUUUAACUUAUAUGCAGAAUUCAUCAUGUGAAAGGCUGGACUGGAUGAAUCCCAAGCCGGAAUUAAGAUCGCCGGAAGAAAUAUCAACAACCUCAGAUAUGCAGAUGACACAACCUUGAUGGCAGAAAGUGAGGAGGAAUUAAAGAACCUUUUAAUGAGGGUGAAAGAGGAGAGCGCAAAAUAUGGUCUGAAGCUCAACAUCAAAAAAACGAAGAUCAUGGCCAUGGGGCCCAUCACCUCCUGGCAAAUAGAAGGGGAAGAAAUGGAGGCAGUGAGAGAUUUUACUUUUUUGGGCUCCAUGAUCACUGCAGAUGGUGACAGCAGUCACGAAAUUAAAAGACGCCUGCUCCUUGGGACAGAAUCUUAAAAAGCAGAGACAUGACCUUGCCAACAAAGGUCCGUAUACAGUGGUGCCCCGCAAGACGAAUGCCUUGCAAGACGGAAAAACCGCUAGACGAAAGGGUUUUCCGUUUUGAAGUUGCUUCGCAGGACGAAUUCCCCUAUGGGCUUGCUUCGCAAGACGAAAAUACCUUGCGAGUCUUGAGAUUUAUUUUUCGCUUUCCCCCCCCUUUAUCUACUCUGCUAAGCCUUUAAUAGCCUUUAAGAGCCUUUUAGCAGCUAAUCCCCUCAGCCUUUAAGCCUUUAAUAGCCGCUAAACCGCUAAUAGCGCUAAUAGCGCUAAUCCGUCAAUGGGCUUGCUUCGCAAGACGAAAAAACCGCUAGACGAAGACUCUCGCGGAACGGAUUAAUUUCGUCUUGCGAGGCACCACUGUAGUUAAAGCCAUGGUUUUCCCAGUAGUGAUGUAUGGAAGUGAGAGCUGGACCAUCAAGAAGGCUGAUUGCCGAAGAAUUGAUGCUUUUGAAUUCUAGUGCUGGAGGAGACUCUUGAGAGUCCCAUGGACUGCAAGAAGAUCAAACCUCUCCAUUCUGAAGGAAAUCAGCCCUGAGUGCUCACUGGAAGGACAGAUCCUGAAGCUGAGGCUCCAAGACUUUGGCCACCUCAUGAGAAGAGAAGACGCCCUGGAAAAGACCCUGAAGUUGGGAAAGAUGGAGGGCACAAGGAGAAGGGGACAACAGAGGAUGGGAUGGUUGGACAGUGUUCUCGAAGCUACAAACAUGAGCCUGACCAAAUUGCGGGAGGCAGUGGAAGACAGGAGUGCCUGGCGUGCUCUGGUCCAUGGGGUCACGAAGAGUCGGACACAACUAAACGACUAAACAACAACAUGGUUGAUAGCAGAGCAUAACACAGCAUAGAAAGAAAUAUAGUAUUGCUUCCCACAAUUGCAACUGUUAAUGGACCACUAUUCUUCUCUUGUACACAUCAGUUGGGCUUUUCCAUGGAAACCCCGAGGUUUUAUUCUUUUAAAUUUAUUUUUAUUAAUUUUUACAUAACGUAUUUAAAUUCAAACACAUCAUUCACCUCCUCUUUUAGGAUUAUCGGAAUCCCCUGACUUCCCUCCACCCUUCCAUGGUUACCAUUGUCAUUCUUUUUUUCAUCUGCUUAUUUUCUUUUCUCUAAUUUCUUUUUUUUUUAAUAGUCCAUUUUUCCAUAGUUUUUCGUACAUUGCAAGCAUUACUCAAAUCCUGCCAAAGUUUUUAGCUGUUUACAGUGUUCUCUUAGAUACAUUAUAUAUUUCUCCCAUUCCUUCUUAACCAAGGAGACAACAUCCCCACCCCACCUUCCCACUAUAUAUAAGGUCCGGUGACUUCUGUUUCAGUGUAUCUGAAAAAGUGUGCAUGCACACGAAAGCUUACACCUAGAACAAACUUAGUUGGUCUCUAAGGUGCUACUGGACAAUUCUUUACCUUUUUUACAUAUUUCAACAUUUCAUCUGUCUGACCAAGUGCCCUCAAGUCCACGAAAGCCCCCCAGAAGGAAUGGAUCUGUUGCUCUUUAAGGUGCCACAAGGUGUGGGGAGCCACCAAAUUUUUCUCUUUGCAGGCUGUGGAAGCAGCUCAGGAAGCCUGCAGAGUCACCCUGCAACCCAUGGAGUGGAGCAAGGAGCCGCUCUAAUGGCUCGGGGCCCAGCAAACAACAAAGCAAGGCAGUUCAUGGGGUGUGUUUGAUGUGCAAACAGAUCCAGCUGUUGGCAUCGGAGUCUUUAAUGAGCCUGCUUAUAUGAAAGCCUUUCAUACCCAAGGCCUCCUGUAAAUGACUGUCAAAGCCACAGGAGUUCAGGCACUGUGGAAAUAACCUUUUUUGUUACAGCCUCUUCCUCCAGGGUUCAAACAGCCCUACGCUUAUGCUUACGCAGGGGUCAGCAAACUUUUUCAGCAGGGGGCCGGUCCACUGUCCCUCUGACCUUGUAGAGGGCCAGACUAUAUUGGGGGGGGGUGAACGAAUUCCUAUGCCCCACAAAUAACCCACAGAUGCAUUUUAAAGAAAAGGGCACAUUCUACUCAUGUAGAAACACACUGAUUCCCAGACCAUCCGCGGGCUGGAUUUAGAAGGCGAUUGGGCCAGAUCCGGCCCCCGGGCCGUAGUUUGCCUACCCGUGGCUUAGCCCAUGGGAACAUUUUGACUGCCAGCUUUCGCCAUUCUUUUUUGUUUUUACUUUGCAAAGUUGUUGUCGUACUUCACCAGAUCUUAAACCUGUUACAGUAUUUGUAAGAAAGGAUUCCAAAUAUCAUUGAAUUUGUCCAUGGCAAGUCUGCGUUUAUAUGUAAGUUACAGGUAUAAGUUGUUCAUAUGUUGCGAGUUUGUAGGUCUUCAAUUCAAUCGGAGAAGGGAAUUGCAGUUUUAUUUUUCCAGUUCAUCAGUAUGCGUCUUUUUGCCAUGCUAAGGGUGCAGAGAGUCCACUCUUAUUGUCUUUUUGUAAGGUUCCAUGUGUUGGGUAUAUAAUUCAAAGGGAUAUUUUGCUCUGUAAAUGUAAGCUUGUUCCGUAUAGUUCUGUUGAUAGUUUGUUACUUCUGCCAAAAAUCUUUCAACAUAGGUUUUAGAGAAGCAUUAUUCCUAUUGCAUCUCCAACAGUUAGAUACCUUAGACAGCCAUUUUAAAAACAAAUGUAAUGGGAUCCAUUAUAAUCUAAAUAUUUUUUGUUGUUGUACGAGCCUCAAUUUAAGGUCCAGAGAUGCCCCUGUUACAGCACAUAAAACAGUUUCCCACUGUGUGGUCGAAACUGAGAUCUCUAAUUCUUUAUUCCAUUCCUCCCUCAAUACCUGUAUAUCAAAUUGGUUUGCUAGUAACAAAGAUUUAUAUAUGUUGAUGGUCACUUUUUUUGUUGCAUAAUAAUUAAUCAACUGCUUCAGUAUCUCUGGGGUCUCUGAGGCUGUAAAAGCUGCUGGUCCAUAGAUGCUGGUUAGCAAGUUUUUUCAUCUGCCAUUGAGCAUUUGUAGGUAAUCUGUAUUUGUGUCUUAAGACGGUAUAUGUACCUAACAGAACCUCAGCUUAUUGUCUGCUAUCUUCUCCGACCUUCAAACUUGAGACAGUGACCAGAUGCAAAGUCCAAGACUCCACCAUCAGCCAAUUUUCCCCACCCCUGGCUCCCCAUCUAGACCAGUCUCCACCAACCUAGUGCCUUCCAGUUGUUUUGAACUACAAGUCCCAUAAAACCCUGAUCAGAAUGGCCAUUGGUUGACCUAAUAUGGAUUUUGGAAUUUACCCCAAGGGCUAAAAUAGCUACCUUUUAAUGUCCAUUUAUCUUAUACAAGUGUGGUUGACGUUGUUAUUGGAUUUACCUCUGCUCUUCUUUCCUAAGUGCAAUUUUAAAAUUUCAGUUUCUACAACAACGCAGCCUGA